GAGCGCAUCACACCUUAUAUUUUUGACAUGUCCAUGUCGUAUCCGAAUUGAAAGAUAUACGAUUGCAAUUUUCGCUUAGCGAAGCUACUUGUUUGCUGAAAACUCUUCCGCGUCAUCGUAAUUAUCCUGCAGGCACCCGUGACCACCUUGCACCACCCGAAUUGACCAAUUGGACUGGAUUUCGUCAGGUAAACAAAGCGAACAAACGAAAAAUCGCCUACACAUAUCAACAAGUGUCUGCGGAAAAAUCAAAAUACUUAUUAUGGUCAAUGACGUAAGUUGACAUUGAAGAAAUUGGGAAAAUGUCUAAACACGAUCGGACCAAGUCGGGCGGGCUGCUGGAAAGUAUUUUUGGGCGGCCCAAAACAAAGAGCAAAAGUUACUAUGGCACAAUCUCAGGUCGACCAGUGCCCACCGAGGCCGAUGUCGAUCUACAGGAGCUGGAGGAGAAGAUCAAACAAUUGACCGAGAGCGAGGUGGAUCAGAAGUUCAUGGAGAUCUUGGAGGACAUGAACAUCCCCAAGGAUAAGCGAGCGCCACUCACGCAGAAGCCAGUUGGCGAGAAACGAGAUAUGAUUUUCAUGCAUUUAAAAGGCAAAAACUCAUUAGAACAUCGCUCGAACUCACGAUUCGAAAAACCACUAGACUACAUUGAAUAUCUAAGAGCCGGCGAGCACAGUGAACAGAAAAUCUACCAAUGCCUGGAAAGUCUUCGGGUGGCUCUAACGAGCAAUCCCAUCAGUUGGAUCAAAGAAUUCGGCGAAGAAGGCAUAACCGAGAUAGUUGAAUUGUUGCGUAGAAGUAAGCAAGAGAAGAACUUCGGUCGUAUCGAAUUCGAAUGUAUACGCUGCUUGAAGGCUGCCAUGAACAACACAUGGGGCUUGAAUCUUAUACUCAAACCCGAUCAGCACGCCGCUGUUCUUCUACUCGCACAAAGCUUAGAUCCUCGCAAACCAAAUACAAUGUCUGAAGCGCUCAAACUUUUGGCCAGUUUCUGCUUGGUGCCUGAAAGAAAUGGUUAUGAGAAAGUAUUAAGCGCUAUAACGAAUGCUCAGCCGGGAACGAAUAAGAGCGGUCAGAGAUUCAAGUCGAUAGUUAAUGGUCUAUUUGUAGAUGAAAAGUACGAUUCAAAGCGUGAUCUGUGCUGUCACAGCUUGAUAUUCAUAAACACGAUCACGAAUACCCCGAGUGACUUGAAUUUCCGAUUGCAUUUACGAUGCGAAAUAAUGAGAAUGGGUUUAUACGAGAAACUCGAUAUACUAACGGAUAUUGUUGAGAAGAGUAAUAACGACAACUUGAAGAAGCACUUUAAAAUAUUCAACGAAAUUCGCGAGGAUGACUUCGAGGAGUUCUUCCAGAGAUUUGACAAUGUUCGUUUCGAAAUGGACGACAUUAAUGACUGUUUUGAAGUACUUAAAAAUUUAGUGGUUGACACAGCAUCAGAGCCAUAUUUCCUUUCAAUACUUCAGCAUUUAUUGUAUAUAAGGGAUGAUCAUUUAUUUCGCCCAGCGUACUAUCAGUUGAUUGAAGAAUGUGUUUCGCAAAUUGUCUUCAACAAGAGCGGUUGCGAUCCGAACUUUGAGAGUAGAAAUUUCAAUAUAGACACAUCCGUUCUUUUGGAUGAGCUUGUGGAGAGGUCAAAGGUGAUAGAGGUGAAGAAAACUGAAGAGUAUGAGAAGCGAAUUGAGACAUUAGAAAUAGCGAGACAAGAAGCAGAAGCCCGCGCUGCUCAUUUAGAAGAAAAAUUGAAACAAAUCGAAGAAACUGGAGUUAUACCACCAAGUGGACAAGGUAAACUUCCCAAAGUAAAUAUCCCGCCCCCACCGCCCAUGCCUGGCGCUGCUGGAGGACCGCCUCCACCUCCACCUAUGCCAGGAGCCGGCGGUCCGCCUCCACCCCCACCUCCGCCGUUUCCAGGUAUGCCACGCGCUCCUCCUCCACCUCCAAUGCCAGGAAUGGGUGGUCCUCCUCCACCACCCAUGCCUCGAAUGCCACCGCCAAUGCCCGGAAUGGGUCCGCCACCUCCACCAAUGGUUGCUGUAAAUGUACUUCCUCAUGGACUCAAACCCAAGAAACAAUGGGAGGUGAAGAAUCCCAUGAAAAGAGCGAAUUGGAAAGCAAUUACCCCUCAGAAGAUGUCAGACAAGGCGUUCUGGAUAAAAUGCCAAGAGGACAAACUAGCUUCGGACGAUAUUCUAGCCGAAUUAUCCGCGAAAUUCUCCUCGAAACCUGUGAAAAAAGACAACAAGGAUGCUGUAGAUAAACCCGCUACUGUGAAAAAGAACGUGGUUGACUUGCGGGUGUUGGACUCGAAAACAGCUCAGAAUAUUCUUAUAUUACUACAAGGCUCCCUCAAGCAUCUCUCAUAUGAACAGAUUAAAGUCUGCUUGUUGAGAUGCGACACUGCAUUGCUGACAUCAAACAUUCUACAGCAACUUGUCCAGUAUCUUCCGCCCGCAGACCAAUUGAAACGCUUACAAGAAGUGAAAGCAAAAGGAGAAGAGCUUCCAGGAGUUGAACAAUUCGCGGCAACAAUUGGAGAAAUUAAAAGGCUCGGACCUCGCCUGCAUAGUUUGAAUUUCAAGAUAUCACUGCCUGAUAUGGUUCAAGAUAUUAAACCCGACAUAGUGGCUGGCACUGCUGCAUGCGAGGAAGUUCGAAAGAGUGCCAAAUUCGCUAAAAUACUAGAACUAAUCCUGCUGCUGGGCAAUUACAUGAAUUCAGGUUCGAAGAACCAACAAGCAUUUGGCUUUGAAUUUAGCUUCCUAACAAAACUCACUAACACUAAGGAUUACGAGAAUAAGAAAACUCUUCUCCACUACAUCGCUGAUGUUGUGGAGAAGAAAUUCCCUGAUGCCCUUACCUUCUAUGACGAUCUAUCGCACGUUGACAAAGCCUCAAGGGUAAGUUUAGAGACAAUACAAAAGACAAUGCGACAAAUGAACAAUUCAGUGAAAAACCUGGAAGCUGACUUGAAUAACAACAAAGUACCUCAAUGUGAUGAUGAUAAAUUCCCCGAGGUGAUGGGCAAAUUUGCGGUGAAGUGCAGACAACAGGUAGAGGUCUUAGGCAAAAUGCAAGUUCAGAUGGAGAAACUCUACAAAGACCUGGGCGACUACUUUUGUUUCGAUCCCGCCAAAUAUGCUAUGGAGGAAUUCUUCUCAGAUAUUAAAACCUUUAAGGACUCCUUCCUGCAAGCCCAUCAUGAGAAUGUGAAACAACGUGAAGAGGAGGAGAAAGCACGACGACUUCGUGAGGCACGCGAACAAUCGCAACGUGAUUUGCUGGAACGACAGCAACGUAAAUUGGCUUUAGUUGAUAUUGAUGCUGCACAAACUCAAGAGGGAGUUAUGGAUAGUUUAUUGGAGGCGCUACAAACGGGAUCGGCGUUUGGAAAUCGUGACAAUAGACAGAAGAGGAGACCUCGACCUGCGGGGGCGGAGCGACGAGCCCAGUUGAGUCGAAGCCGGUCGAGGACUAGAAUUAACCAAGGGGUAUUAACAACGAGAGAAAUGAUUACGAAUGAAGUUUUAAGUUCGGCUUAAUUGAAAGGAUUCUUUAUUGUUUUGUAUAUAAAGGUGUAUGUUUUAUAUUUGAAAUUUUGUAAACUUUACACUGUUAUUUAUACCUUUAUUAAAAGAUAAUUCUGGUGCCAAAUCAGUUUUUUAGUACCAUAGAAA